GGUGGUGCAUAAUAUAUAUUCUGCAAAUGGAGUCCUUUUUGGUGGUGUCUCGCACUUCCGCUUCAAGUAGGUUUCUGAAACAUUCAUAUCCUCUCUCUCGCACCAUAUUCGCACCCUCUUCUUAUCACCCAACUUCCACCGCCACCACCACUGCCACCAGCAAUCCAAACCCUUACCGCUAUCCCAACGUAAGACGGUUAGGCUCGUUCAGUCAAAGGCACCGUGGGGAUACUUGCAGUCGCGUUGGCUUUGAUCACAGACUCGGAUCGCACAUGUCGAGCUCGUCUUCACCUUCUGCUGCCGCAAAGAGAGGUGCAAAUCAAACCAUCAGCAAUGACAACGACAAGGUUGAGGGUACUUGGAUCGAUUUGUACCUGCCAAUGCGAGCUCAGCCUUAUGCUAAGCUCGCUCGCCUCGACAAGCCGAUCGGCACCUGGUUGUAUGCGUGGCCUUUUUGGUGGUCAACAGCAAUGGCAGCAAAUCAAGGGCAGCUUCCUGAUAUUAAGAUUUUGACACUACUUGGAUUUGGAGCUCUGUUUAUUAGGGGCGCCGGAUGCACCAUAAACGAUCUCGUUGACCGAGAUAUUGAUAUCAAGGUGGAACGUACAAAGUCGCGGCCUCUUGCAAGUGGUGUUUUGACACCUUUUCAGGGGAUUUCUUUUCUUGGAUUUCAAUUGCUUUUGGGUCUUGGAAUUUACCUUCAAUUGAAUAAUUAUAGCUGCGUUUUGUGCGUUUCAUCUUGGUUCCUAAUUUUCACCUAUCCUCUCAUGAAGAGAUUGACAUACUGGCCUCAAGCCUAUCUAGGUUUGAUGAUAAAUUGGGGGGCUUUAAUAGGAUGGGCAGCGGUAAAAAGAAGCAUUGAUCCAGCUAUAGUGCUUCCAUUGUACUUUUCUGGAGUAUGCUGGACACUGGUCUAUGAUACCAUAUAUGCACAUCAGGACAAGGAAGAUGAUCUGAAAGUAGGUGUUAAGUCUACGGCAUUGAAAUUCGGCGACUCAACCAAAAAAUGGAUUACUGGGUUUGGAAUUAUGUGCAUGAGCAGUCUUGCCCUCAGUGGAUACAGUGCUGAAAUCGGGUGGCCGUACUAUACAUUUUUGGGGGUUGCAUUUGGACAAUUAGCUUGGCAAAUAUCAACAGUUGAUCUUUCAUCCCCAGCUGAUUGCAGUAGAAAAUUUGUGUCGAACAAGUGGUUUGGCGCUAUUUUGUUCAUCGCAAUCCUAUUUGGACGACUUUCAUCUUAAGAUAUAGUUCAUCUUUCUCUUGCACUGCAACAGAACUCGUGUAUUGGCAUGGAGGUUGCAAGGUCAUCUAAAUGCAGCACUCAAAUGAGUGCAAGGAUCAAACGUUGUAAUAUUUACUGUUGUGUUUCAAAAAUAGACCAUUUUCUUGGGGCUUUUGGGAACUAAAUGUUGUAAUAUUCAUUUCAAUUUGAAGUCAAACAGCAAAUAUGAUGAAAUUGUUCCAUAUUUAUGCCAAACAAAUGUUUUGGUGCUAUUAUUUUCAGUGGAAUCCAGUUUCAGAAUAUACAUA